UAAGUUUUGCAACUUAUAUAUAACAGAACCCCGAAAUCUAGCAGAGGCAGUUGCACAAUCUGAAUCAUAAUCAAUACCAUAACAAAGCUUUUUCUCCUUCUUUGUCCCCAUCCCUUCUUUCCUUUCUACUCAUCUCUUUUUCUCUUUGUUGUUUUGCGCUCCUACAUCACUACUCGCUUCUCUAUAUAUAUAUAUCUCUGUUUUUUUCCAACACUAUCAAAAAUCCAUGGCUUCCUCGUCUUCUACUACAAAAGAGGGAAAUAAUCAAGAGGGAAUAGUUGGUGAGAAACCAAUACCAUAUGAUCAAAACGUUCUGCAAAAGCACGUUGCAUUCUUUGACAGGAACCAUGACGGCAUCAUCUACCCAUGGGAAACUUUCCAAGGAUUUCGUGCAAUAGGUUGUGGAAUGCCGUUGUCGAUUGGUGGUGCUAUUUUCAUUAAUGUUGGUCUCAGCCAAAAAACUCGUCCGGGCAAGUUUCCUUCUAUAUUGGCGCCAAUAGAAGUUAAAAACAUCCAAAAAGCUAAACAUGGAAGUGACUCUGGGGUCUAUGAUAGCGAAGGAAGGUUUGUUCCUUCAAAAUUUGAAGAAAUUUUCAGCAAGCAUGCCAAAAGAUACCCAAAUGCGUUAACAUCCGAUGAAUUGAUGGAGUUGCUGAGGGCAAAUAGAGAUCCUAAGGAUUACGGAGGAUGGCUUGCUAGCUACACAGAGUGGAAAAUCUUAUAUGUUCUUGGAAAAGACAAGGAUGGUUUGCUGCAAAAAGAAACUGUUCGAGGUGUUUAUGAUGGAAGCCUGUUUGAACAAAUGGAAAAGGAACACAAACAAAAGAAACAAAAUUAAAUACAGAGAGUCAGAUGACUUAUGCUGAGAUUAAAUACAGAGAGUCAUAUGACUUAUGCUGAGAAUCUUGCUUUUCGUAAUUUGUGAGUUUCUGGUUGUGUGCCUUCAAAGUGUUUGGUUUAUAAAUUGUGAUUAUCCUGUCAGUAUAUGAAACGUGCAUUGUAAGGGAUGUAUUUUUAGCUAUCUUGCUUGCCUGAUUUUAUAUAUCUGAGUUGUCUAAAUAACAGUAUUUUAUAUUUCAUUA